AUGGCAUUUACACCUCAUUUCAACGACGACAAUAACCACGGCCUUCCGUCUCCGUCUCCGCGCAUAUCCGCAGCCGUCCUGAACAUGUGGACCAAGAUCCAUACGCGCAUCGCACACCAAGUCUUUUUAGCCUCCGGUCACCAUGGGCUUCCUCUCAUAGACUGGGGUGGUACCACCGCCGAUCCAGGGUAUCCGUACACCUUCUUUCUAAAGCCCCUCCCCCUCCUCCCCCCUGCUUCUCCAAGCUGUCCCCGCAUCCUUGUUAAAGAAGACGGCCUCCAAUUUACGACACCUUCUCGGCCUCAUGCGGCAGCCCGCCAGCAGUCCGAUAUGGUUGAUCAAUUCAUGUCUUACACCUCUGCUCUCAGGAAAUUGAUCAACGGCUUGCCGGACUCUGAAAGGCUGUCUUAUUGUUUCAUCGUGAACCUCGUCAUGGGAAGCCGCAUUACAGGACCCGAAGGCGACCAAACUCGCGGCAAGCGUCUAGACUUGCUUCCACUACACUCCAACAAAGAGACCUUAUUUCUGCCCGGCUUCGAUCCCGAAAGCUUUCGGCUGUUUCAAAGCACUUCCCGCCGGCAUGUGCCGCCCAUCGAGCGCCAGACGGACGAGGCGGCUCAGUCACGCAUUCAUCACAGCCCAUGUCACACCAGCAUGCGCCUAUUCUUCUUUUCUGCUUCUUCCCUCUACUUCUUGGAGUACUUGAAUCUGCCGCCCGUCUCAUAUAGCUCCAUAACCGCUCCUACCCUCCCCACACCCCUUUGCAUUACAAGUUUGGUUCCUCCAACCACGCUGCCUCCUCUACCGUCUCGACCUUUCCUCCCUUGGUUUCUAUUCCGGCCGGCCUCCAUCAUUACUGGGUAUGUGUUCAGAGUCUCGCGUGCGCGACCUGGACGGGACAACUCCUUCCACGCAAUGACACGCCUUGCUGAGGAGCUGUACCUGGCACCUCUCCCGACGAACCGUUCCCAUGUCUUUGCGGACCCAAAGAACGACACACGGCUCACUGAGGGACUCCCUGAUCUUAUCACCAUCACGUCUGUCUCUGGGCCGUUGUGUCUCAAUCUCCCGCUGACGCACCGCACUGAAGACCUGGUACUGUGGCGGUGA